AUGCCUCUUCAAUACGACCCCGAGUUUUGGUCUGUGUUGGAGCCGCUCGUUCCAGUACUGUCCAAGCGAGAGCCGCUUUCCCUGGAUAAUAUCAAGGCUGGGCGGGAGGCACGAGAAGCUGGAAUGAGGGCACUCUUUGACAGGUUGGACAUCUGUCCGGAAGUGGAACAAAGAUCGUAUCAAGUGAAGGCUACUGAUGGUUAUAUCAUAUCGGUUCUCGCUCUCACCCCAACAGUUUCUCGGUCCGACCCUGGACCCUGCCUACUACACUUCCAUGGAGGAGGCAUGAUAUUAGGGUCCGCAGAGAUUCAAGCAAGGCCACUAGCACAAUUGGUCAGCGCGACAGCAGUGCCUGUGUUCAGCGUCAACUACCGGCUGGCGCCGGAGUUCAAGGGAACCAUUCCUGUUCAGGACGGCUACGCGGCUCUACUUUGGCUGAACAGUAAAGCGAAGGAGUUCAGUGUCGACCCGAGAAGAAUCGCGGUGUUAGGAGAGAGCGCAGGUGGUGGUGUUGCCGCUGGCGUUGCAUUAAUGGCUCGAGAUAAGGGGUUGAAGCCGCGCCUAGCUAAGCAGAUCCUCCUGUAUCCCAUGAUAGACGACCGAAAUAUGGUUGCCAACGAAGCGAUGGAGCCUCUUGCAUUUUGGAAGACUGCAGACAACGCAACGGCCUGGACUGCGCUCCUCGGAGAUCAAGCAGGCCAACCGGAAGCUCCCAUCUCGUACUACUCGGCUCCUGCUCGAGCUCCGAGUCUAGCUGAUCUUCCGCCAACAUAUAUCGAAGUUGGAGGUCUUGAUAUAUUUCUGCAAGAGAAUGUCAUGUAUGCCACUAGACUGCUGGCCGAAAAUAUCCCUACCGAGCUGCAUGUGUAUCCAGGUUUGCCUCAUGGGUUCGAGAUGAUCGCACCAAACAUUACCGCUGCAAAGAAGGCCAAUGAAAAUCGCCAUAGAGCUAUAAUGGGUAUCUGA